AUGAAUAUAAAAAAAAAAAAUAAUUGUGAUGAUAAUAAUAGUACCCGUGUUGGGAAUAAUAUAAAUAAAAAUAAAGAUAAUAUAAAUAACAAUAAAAAUAUUGUAUGUCAAAAUGCAAAAGAGAAAUCAUCUCUUUUGAAUCUGAAUAUACAUGGGGGAAAAAUUGAACAUGAAUGUUUAAUAAAUGAUGACAUAUUUAUAUCUACAAUUAAAGAAAAUGAAUUAAAUAAUAUACAUAUUAAUAAAACGUGCAGUUUACAAGAUGAGGAAUAUUAUAAUGUUCAUUUAAAAAAUAAAUUUGAAAAAAUAUAUAUUCAUUCACAUGAUAAUAAAAUGAUAAAUGUUGAUGAAGAAGGCGAAUAUGAUCGCAACGUGAAUAUUAAUGGAAAUGAAAAUAUAAAUGAAAAUAUAAAUGUAAAUACGAGUGAAGGUGUAAAUGAAAGGAUACAUGAUAUAAGUCAUAAUUAUGAAGGAAACCUUCCCAAUAAUCAUAUAUCUAAUAAUAAUAAUAAUAAUAAUAAUAAUAGUAAUAAUGUUAUUAAUUCUUCAAAUGAAGAUAAUGAUGUACAUGUAAGUGUUCCCUCACAGAAUAAUUAUGUGCAAAAAAAAGAAGAAUAUCAACAAAAUGAAAGAACAAAUGAGGGUGUAAAUGAUAUAAAUAAUGAUGAUAAGACAAAUAGUAUAAAUAAUAAUGAACAUACAAAUAGUAUAAAUAAUGAUGAUAAUACAAAUAGUAUAAAUAAUAAUGACCAUACAAAUAGUAUAAAUAAUAAUGACAAUAGAAAUAAUAAUAGUGAUGUGAGUGCUUCUUCGAAUGUAAGCCCAAGAGAAGGAGAAAAUGAACAUAGUAGAGAGACAAACAAUAUGAACAGCAGAGGAAUAAGCUUCAUAGAAAAUGAUCAUAGUAAUAUAUCUAAUGAAGAUGAUUUAAAUUAUUAUGUUAUUACUAUAAGAGAAAUAAGAAAUAAUGAUUUAAAUAGAAGAGAUGUAGAUAAUAUAAGUGUUGAAGACGAACAUAUAUAUUCAUAUACAAAAUGUUUUAUUAGUAAAAUAUUGGGUUAUGAUAUAAAACCUGAUUUAGAAGAAUAUAAUAUGAAUAAAAUAAUAAGAAGUAUUUUAUUUAUCUUAAUGUUAUAUAUUUUAUUUUGUACUGAAUUUCUUUUUGUUUAUAAAAAUUUAUUAAAAAUAAAAGUAGAUAGUAAAUUAGUAAUGAUUGAAUCUAAUUAUAAUUCAACUUUUGUAUCUAAUUUUUUAUAUCAGUUUAAUGAGAAUGAUUUAAAAAAAUCAUUAGUUACAGAAAAUAUAAUAAAAGAAGAAAUAACAAAAGGAAAUUUUAUGUUGUAUAAUAAUAUGUGUGUAAUUUUAAAUAAAUUAAAUAUUAAUUGUAAUAAUUUCUCAGAUUAUUAUAAAUUAAAUGAUAAUAAUGAUAAUACCGAACAUCUUAUAGAAAAAACUAUUAAAUUAUAUCAACAAUUAAAAAGUAAAGAUAUUUUUGUAUAUAAGAUGAAAGAAUCUAUAUUUUCUAAAUGUAAUGAUGUGUCCAAUAAAAAUUUAAAUAAUGAUGAUAAUUAUAUAUUUAUAUAUGUUUCUGAAAAGAAAAUAUUAAAAAUUAGUGUUUUAUUUUUGGUACUCACCAUAUUCUUUUUGUGCUUAAGAAUAGCAUUAAUAAUUUCAAGGAUUUUAUAUGAUAUCAUAUUAUUCAUAUAUAUGAAAGGAUUUAGAUUAUCUAUAGAAAGUAAAAAAAAAUAUCUAUCCAAAUAUAUAUGGUCAGUAUCUACUUUAUAUUUAUUAGAAAUUAUAUUGGGUGAUGAAUGUAUAGUAUGGUGGCUUCAUGAUAUUGAUCCAAUUUUUAGUUAUCACUUUCAAUAUUUUAUAUGGAUUAUAUCUUUCCUUAGCUUUGGAACCUUUAUUCUUCAUAAAAUUUUUAAAAUAUGUGCAUCUCGUUGGGAUAAUAUAAAUGAUAGGGUAAGUAUAAACCAUCACGAUAAUAAUACAGAUCGUAAUACCUUAUUUGGUAACUCUAUACAUAUGAACCCAUUAAAUGAUAACCCUGAAGCUAGGACUACUAGAGAUGAGAACCGUCAAAGUGUAAACCUGACCAAUAAUAAUAAUAAUAAUAAUAAUAAUAAUAACAAUAAUAAUAACUAUAAUAACAAUAAUAACAAUAAUAACAAUAAUAACAAUAAUAACAAUAACAAUGUAUAUACUGAAUUUCCAAACAACAAUAACAAUGUUUAUACUGAAUUUCCAAACAACAAUAACAAUAAUAUAAACUGCACUUCUAUAUCUCUUUCUUUAAAAUGUGUACACGACUUUCUCUAUGGAGCUAAUAUUAUGUUUGCAUGUAUUUUCUUAUUAUUGAAUUUGAGCAAGGUUCCAGUAAUUAUCAUUAUAGUUACAUCUGUAGUUUUAUUUAUAGAUAUAUUAAAUGACACAUAUUUAGAACAGGUUCAAUUAACAGCUACAAUAACGAAUGCAACGUUUCAGAGGCCAAGACGAAAGAAAUUUUAUAUUAUUGAAAAUAAGAAAAAGAAAAGUUUUAAGAAUAUAUUUUUAAUGAGAAUAAAUGAACAUACCUAUCGAGACGUAACCGUAGAUACAAUAAAUAAAAAUGAUAAGAAAAAUAAGGCUAACAGUCAAAUACCUUUUAAUCAUAAGAAUAACAAUAAAUAUUGGGAUAAUAAAAAUGGUAUAUUUAAUAUACGUAAUAUUUUAAACAAAAAGUAUUUAAACAAAAAAAAAAAAAGUUUUAAAAAUACAGUAAAUAAAAAUAAUGAAAAUGAUAUCCAAGAUGAAAUUAAAAAUAAUAAUAGUAAUAAUAAUCUGCAGGAAAAUUAUGAACUUAAUAAUUCAAUUAUAUCAACAUAUGAAUAUUGUGAAAUAUGUGAUGAACGAAAUAAAAAUGUUGUAUUACACCCAUGUAUGCAUGGAGGUUUUUGUGAAGCAUGUAUUAGAUGUAUGAUAUUUAAUUCUUUAAAAUUAAAAGAUACAUAUCCCUGUUGCCCUUUAUGUAGAAAUCCUAUUGAAAAUGUUUAUAAAAUAUCUUAUGAAGAUGAUGAAAGAAAGGUUCAAGCUAAUAAUAUAUUAACCAUCAAAAGAAAAUGA